GACACACUAUGUGUCUUUUAAACAUAUAAAGGAUCGCAGCAACUGCUGAUUGUUUUCAUCCAGAAGCUGAGCUGCAGCCUGGUCACAUGACACAGGGAGAGGGGGAGAGAGAAGGCAAAUGGCUCUGCUUAAAUACAUGAAUAUGUAACAGAGAAAUGGGCAUCUUGGCUCUCUGGAAAUGUGUGAAACUUUAACUUCUUCUUGUUCAGCAAGUAUAAAGCACUUACAGCGCAGUGUUCUGAAGAGAUAUCAGGUAUUGUGUGCUUAAGCUGAUAAGAUGAAUUGCCGCUCUGAAGUGUUGGAAGUGUCAGUGGAAGGACGGCAAGUAGAGGAGGCUGUGUUGGCUGUACUCCACACCAUAUUGCUCCAUCGUAGCACUGGAAAGUUUCACUACAAGAAGGAAGGUACCUACUCAAUUGGCACAGUAGGGACUCAGGAUAUUGACUGUGACUUCAUCGAGUUCACCUAUGUCAGGGUAUCAUCAGAGGAGUUGGACAGAGCACUACACAAAGCUGUUAGUGAAUUCAAGGAUGCUCUGCGGAAUUCAGGAAGUGAUGGGAUUGGGCAAGUUUCCUUGGAAUUCUAUCAAAAGAAGAAAUCACGAUGGCCAUUCUCAGAUGAGUGCAUUCCAUGGGAAGUCUGGACCAUCAAAGUUAAUGUUGUUUCAUUAGCCAAUGAGCAGGAACAGCAAAUCUGCAGAGAGAAGGUGGGAGAGAAACUUGGUGAAAAGAUCAUUAACAUUGUGGAGGUCAUGAACAGACAUGAAUACUUGCCAAAGAUGCCAACACAGUCUGAGGUGGAUAAUGUGUUUGAUACAAGUCUUAAAGAUGUGCAGCCCUAUCUGUACAAAAUCUCUUAUCAGAUUACUGACUCACUGGGCACAUCUGUCACCACUACAAUGAGAAGACUUAUAAAAGAUACUUUGGCUCUGUAGAGCUGCAUGCAUUUAGUGGAGUAUCCGGUUGGUGGACUUGGAUCUUUUGUUUGUUUACUAUCUAAAUGGUUGAUCUAGUAUCCAAAAAAGAUUCUAUUUAAGAACUACCUUUCAUGUAUAAACGCAUUAUUUUCUUUCAUGACAUGCACUGAUUAUAAGUAAUAAAGCCGAUCCUGUACAGAACAACAACAACAAAAAAAUAAGAAUACUAUUUUAUUGGCAAUUAAGAGAUUGAGAGAAUUCAUUGUCUUGGACUAAUUAGCUUGACAUGUGCUCUUAUUUUCUGGAAAUGUAUUACCAAGCAUUAAAGAAUACAUUGCUGAGCUGAUACCAUGUAAACUAAAUUGUUUUAAAGGAUUUUUCUUUGAAUAGCUUUUUGUUACUGGAGACUGUUAUGUUUACAAAAGAAAUCACUAGACCUAAGAGGGUAUUAAAGAUCUGUUUCAUAGUUAAGCAAUAGAUCUCUGCUACCACGGGCGACUAGCCACUCCAAAAUGCCUUUCCACUGGCAACAAUAGGAGAUGCCAGUGGCACAUCCCUUCAGCUUUCCAAAGUCGCGCAUAAUUUCCUCUUGCAGGCAACUUUGCAAUGUGUAGGGUUUUCCAACGGCAAUUCCUAUUUGGAAGCUGUUAGUCGCCCAUGGUAGCAGAAAAUUAUUGCAGGUGACUAACUCGCUCUGUGGGACAUAAGCCUAAACCUAUAAUUUCCCCCAUAGCGUAAUUAACUUACUCAUGACAUACUGACUGAAGUGCAAGGCUUUUUAUUAGUGACUCAUGCUGUUAUGUGCUUCAUAUGUUUUAUGUUAGACCCGAGAAAUUACUGACUUACUUAUACCUAGGCAAUUUAAUGAAUUACAGUAGUUUAACCAACUAAAUCAUAAAAUGCAUUGGUGUGCAUGGGGCAUAACAAUAAAGAUGGCAGAGCUUUGAUAUUUAUUACUUCA